GGAUCGGCGCCGGCGGCGUGGCCGCGGCCGGGCCCGUCCUUCGCCGCUCGGCGGUCACCGCCCCGGGCCGGACUGCAGCGGGCUCGCCGCCUCCCCCGCCCCGCCGGCGGAGCGAACCACUGAGUCUCUCCGAGGAGGUUGAAUCAGCCCUUGUUCUUGAGUCCUUGGUCGUGCUGCUUUGUCGGAAUUGACUGCAUGUGUUUAGAUAUUUGCCUCCAGAUCUUCUGUCGAGUAUGUUCCUGCUGAAGAGCAGUGGCCUCUGAGGAAAAACACUCCUCAAGCAGAAUCUCAGCUGUGGAGAAACUACUGAGAGUGGAGCCAGAGAAACUAUGCAAGCAGGUUUUGUGGUCCUGGAGUAAACAUGAUGAAAACAGAGUCUUCAGGAGAAAGAUCAACCCUCCGAAGUGCCUCUCCUCACAGAAAUGCUUACAGAACUGAGUUCCAGGCGCUGAAAAGCACCUUUGACAAACCGAAAUCAGAUGGAGACCAAAAAGCGAAAGAGGAAGGAGAGGCCUCGCAGAGCAGGGGAAGGAAAUAUGGCUCAAAUGUCAAUCGGAUCAAGAACUUAUUUAUGCAGAUGGGCAUGGAGCCCACUGAAAGUGCUGGAGUUGCCCCUAAAACCAGGGGGAAGGGUGGCCCUGCAUCACCUCAAAGACGAAUUAGGCCUAAAGAAUUUGUAGAAAAAGCAGAUGGUUCAAUUGUAAAAUUGGAAUCAUCUGUUUCAGAAAGGAUUAGUAGAUUUGAUACUAUCCAUGAUGGUCCUUCCUAUUCCAAGUUUACUGAAACUCGAAAGAUGUUUGAGCGAAAUGCUCAUGAAAUGGGACACUCAAAUCGCUAUUCCCCAAAGAAAGAGAAAAUCGUUUCCAACGAGCUUCCGGAUGAGUGGUGUAGCUCCAAGUCUCACAGAGGCAGCACUGAUUCACUGGACAGUCUUAGCCCAAGGACAGAGACCGUCUCUCCAACUGUGAGUCAGCUCAGUGCAGUUUUUGAAAACACCGACUCACACAAUGCAAUCGUUGUAGAAAAGUCAGAAAACAACGAAGAGUACUCUGUAACUGGUCACUAUCCACUAAACCUCUCAUCUAGUGUCACAAGUAUGUCCUCCCCAGUUGCAAACCUUGAGGGUUUCAGUCCUUUGAAAGAGGGUAGCACAUGGUCUCCCCCAGCCAAACAAAGUACAGGCGUGAUGUCUGCUGAGAAUUCUCAGCAAACUAACACGCCUUCAACACCAAGACAGAAAGUGUCUACAGGCAUUUCAGCAGGUUCAAAAACAACUGAAGAAAUAAAGAAGAGGACAGAGGCAAGUGCUGAUUCUGUUGAGAGCUCUGCAACAGGUCAACAGGAUUUGGCCAGCGUGCUUGACAGCGACAGACCUGUGGACCGCUGUUCUAGGAGUAAGUCAAAAACAGAGGCAGGAGUUUUGGUGCAACAAAAGGAACAGUCAGAAAAUACAGAAGGUAUCUUUGAUCGACCUGAAGCUGCAGAAUUAACAAGAAAUGUAGCUUCAGGUGGUGAUUUUGCCACAGAUGCGGUUUCAGAUACUACUGAGUCCCAUUAUGAUGAGACAAAUGAAAAAGAUGUGAAUGAAGAUGUGAUUAAUUUUCAGAGUUCCCACGUGUACAUGCACUCUGACUAUAAUGUGUAUCGGGUACGAUCCAGAUAUAAUUCUGACUGGGGAGAGACAGGUACAGAACAGGAUGAUUUAGAUGACAGUGAUGAAAAUAAUUGUUAUGAACCUGAUAUGGAAUAUUCUGAAAUUAAUGGACUACCAGAUGAAGACGAAAUCCCAGCCAACAGAAAAAUACAGUUUAGCCGGGCUCCAAUUAAGGUUUUCAAUACAUACUCUAAUGAAGAUUAUGACAGGAGAAAUGAUGAAGUUGACCCAGUUGCUGCGUCUGCUGAAUAUGAACUCGAGAAGCGUGUGGAAAAGCUGGAGCUCUUCCCAGUCGAACUAGAAAAAGAUGAGGAUGGGCUUGGCAUAAGCAUUAUUGGAAUGGGAGUUGGAGCAGAUGCAGGUCUUGAAAAACUGGGAAUAUUUGUCAAAACAGUAACAGAAGGUGGGACAGCAGAAAGAGAUGGCAGGAUCCAAGUGAAUGACCAAAUUGUGGAAGUUGAUGGCAUCAGUCUGGUUGGUGUUACUCAAAAUUUUGCUGCAACUGUUCUUAGAAACACCAAAGAGAAAGUCAGGUUUGUAAUUGGACGAGAAAAACCGGGACAAGUGAGUGAGGUUGCGCAGCUGAUUAGCCAAACUCUAGAACAAGAACGCCGCCAGAGAGAGCUGCUGGAGCAGCAUUAUGCACAGUAUGAUGCAGAUGAUGAUGAGACAGGGGAAUAUGCUACAGAUGAAGAAGAUGAAGACAUGGGACCUGUCCUUCCAGGAGGUGACAUGGCUAUUGAAGUGUUCGAUCUCCCUGAAAAUGAUGAAAUGUUCUCCCCUAGUGAUGUGGACACCAGCAAACUUGCUCAUAAAUUCAAAGAGUUGCAAAUCAAACAUGCAGUUACAGAAGCUGAAAUUCAGAAGCUGAAGACGAAGCUGCAGGCUGCUGAGAAUGAGAAGGUGAGGUGGGAAUUGGAGAAGACCCAACUCCAGCAGAACAUUGAGGAGAAUAAGGAAAGGAUGAUGAAAUUAGAGAGUUACUGGAUUGAGGCACAAACCCUCUGUCACACGGUGAAUGAACAUCUCAAGGAGACGCAAAGCCAGUAUCAGGCUCUGGAGAAGAAAUAUAACAAGGCAAAGAAAUUAAUCAAGGAUUUUCAGCAAAAAGAACUUGACUUCAUCAAACGCCAGGAAGCUGAACGAAAGAAAAUAGAAGAUUUGGAGAAAGCACACCUUGCAGAGGUUCAAGGCUUACAAGCUCGUAUACAAGACUUGGAAGCAGAAGUUUUCAGGCUAAUGAAGCAAAAUGGGAGCCAGGUUAACAAUAACAACAACAUUUUUGAAAGGCAGACAUCUUUUGGAGAAGUUUCUAGAGGAGAUCCAGUGGAAAAUAUAGAUACUAAGCAAGUGACCUGCCUGGAUGGCUUAAGUCAAGAUUUCAAUGAAGCAGUUCCAGAAACAGAGAGACUGGACUCCAAAGCUCUGAAGACUCGAGCUCAGCUGUCAGUAAAGAACAAGAGGCAGAGGCCUUCCAGAACCAGGCUGUAUGAUAGCAUCAGUUCAACUGAUGGAGAGGACAGCCUUGAACGAAAGCCAUCACACAGUUACAGUAGUCCCAUGCACAUUUCAAAAUCACCACUGCCCUUAUGCAUGAGAGCAUCCUCACCAGCAUCAGAUUCUGGUGCUUCUUCCCUCUCCCCCGUGGCUAGCAGUGCAGCAAUCUCACUUGACAACCUAACUGAAAACCAAGAAGAAGAACAGCACCACAAAGGCGGUGUCCUUUCCCCAUAUGCUUGGGGAGACACUCCACUUUCAUCUCCUUCAAAAUCUGGGCACAGCUCUGAAGCAUCUCCUUUGCAUCACCCAGCUGGCAGGAAUAUUUUACAGGAUAAAGAUGGUGCCACAUGUGCUCAGGCAGCAAGAACAACUAGCCCUACUAUAGGGCAUACAGAAAGACUAAAGCGAAAACUUGCAGAUCUUGGGGCUCCCUUGAGAAGGAAUUCAAACAAGGGCAAGAAGCGGAAAGAGAAAGAAGCUAUUAGGGUGACCUAUGGCAGUAGGACUGUCAGAGAGAUGCUGCAGAAAUCAUCAAACACAAAAUCUUUAGCAGAGCGAUCCUCCUCUCUCCCACACUGUGUACCAGUCACAUGGUAUGGAGAGAGUGGCAAGGGAUCCAAUUCUUCUAGCAACCUGCCAUCACCUACCAGCUCAACUGAACCCUCCUCUGAAAAUUUAAGUCCAGCUAAAAAAGGGUCAAAGAAUUUCACGUUCAACGAUGAUUUCAGUCCCAGCAGCACCAGUUCAGCUGAUUUGAGUGGUUUAGGAGCAGAACCUAAAACCCCAGGCUUCUCACACUCCUUAGCAUUGUCGUCAGAUGAGAGCCUGGAUAUGAUUGAUGAUGAGAUCCUUGACGAUGGACAAUCACCUAAGCACAGUCAUUGUCAGAGUCGUGCUGUUCAUGAGUGGAGUGUGCAGCAGGUUUCCCACUGGUUAAUGAGCCUGAACCUUGAACAGUAUGUUGCCGAAUUCAGUGCCCAAAACAUUAACGGGGAGCAUCUCCUUCAGCUGGAUGGGAGUAAGCUCAAGGCUCUUGGUAUGACAUCUUCCCAGGACAGAGCAAUCAUCAAAAAAAAGCUAAAGGAAAUGAAAGCAUCCUUGGAGAAGGCUCGCAAAGCUCAAGAGAAAAUGGAAAAGCAAAGGGAAAAGCUUCGGAAGAAGGAACAAGAGCAACUGCAGAGGAGAUCGAAGAAAACAGACAAGUGUUCAUCAGAUGCAACAGAGGGCACUAAUGAGCAGUGAUAAGGAGAAGUGCGGCUGUGUUCAGAAAGUGGAGGCACGUCAAGGGAAGAGGAACUCAUAUCCACUGGUGCCCCUUCAGCUUUGUUGUAUUCAUCACCCAAGAUCGUGUACAGAGAAAUGGGGCUAUACAUAGAAUGACUAGGGAAAUUUAUAUUGUGUAGUUUUCUUUUCCCGCAUAUCCAGUUCACGCUUGUUGUUGUUGCCAUGUGAAACAACCCCAGCCCUUCGGUUUGUUUUGUUCUUGCUGACAGCUAACAGAUUUCAUAUUUGUGUGGUGGUGUUUCCUUCCAAACUACUCUUCUCUAUUGAGCUGUGUGUGUUUGGUCACUUCAAUAACCAGCAUGAUGCCAAGGAGCAUGGUCCAUUGCUUCACCUCUUCUGAAUAGGAUGGCCAGUCAAUAUAAUCGGUGAACAUUUCUUCAGCUGGGUAAAAGGAGUUGUGCUCUGUCUGAUAAGACUUGACUUCACUUUCUAACUGGAAGUUCACCUUCUUUACAGUGUUUGGAUACUCAGUUCCAUCUGCUGGAGUAAGUUUCAUCCUGUGUCAGUAACUUUAAGCGACACUGCUCGGGAAACACAACUGUUCAAUGACUUCUUCUUAUACACUGGAGAUAAGACAGGAGAGUCAAUAUUCCCCCUGGGUAAAAGACAGGAGGUGAAACUCUUUCUGUUAACUGUACAAUAGUUAAUCCAGGAAGGAGGCAAAGCCUUAAAUGGUUAUGUGGGUUUACACAGAAAUCUGAGGAUAACAUUUAUCCUUUAGAUAUCUGAGCAAGGAUAAAUUUCUAACUAGAGCACAGCGUAUAUAUCUGUAUAAAUUUCAUUGUGCUCCCCGUGUGUAGGCAACUUUCUUAUAGCACACUUUCUUUUUCAUGUGUUUUGAACAGGAAACUAGGUUUAUUUUGUUUUGAGGUUUUGGGGUUUUUUUCUAGGAAAAACACCACAUCUUCAGAUUCAUUCUCCAACAAGCAUUGGAAGACUAAGCUUUGUGCUCUGCUAUUAUGAAGCUGUUGUUAGAAACAAUUAUCUGACUUGAGUCUGCUAAAGAUUUCUAUUUUUUACAGAACUGCACUUUAAAAAGAGGAAGACGAGUGAUUCUGGUUAAAAUUAAAUUCAGUACAUUGCUUUUAAGGUCAGUGCUGCCAUGGAGAUGAUGGUUACUAAGUCCAAAGCUCCCACAUUUUAACUGCUUUGAUUGAUGUGUUUAAAGAAUAUCCCCACCAAAACCUGCAUUUUGGGGCAUUGGCUGUAGAAUGUUGGCUUAGCAGUGGUCAUAUUAUAUCUUUCAGAGAUUCCCGUGGUGCGUGAGGCCAUCGGUGAAGCCUGCUUUGUAGUUUUGACUAUGACAAACAGAAGCAGUGUAGGGUGUUACUGCCUCUUAAGAGCAGUAUUAAACUAUACAGUAUUUCUUCAAAAGAAUGGGGAGACAACAGGCAAAUCUCCACGAUGAGAAGCUGGGGGGUAUUAGCUUUACAGUUGAAGCUAACUGUGUAGCAAUUGAGGAGCGCCACUUCCCAUUCAUGCAUCCUGGAAGUGGCAGUCUUCAUCUGGUCGUGCCAACCCAUAUAUUGUUUUAGAUGGUGACACAAAGUUAGAAUCUUGAACUUAAAAACAUGCCAGCCUGAAAUUGCAAAUACCGAAUUCUUUUGAAGAAAACGUCUGUUUUAGUUUGGCUUGGCUUCUCUUCUGCUCUGUACUUUGCAGCAUUCAGAUUGUUUCUGCAAAGUUCUCUGAAGCUCAGGUUUGAAACACUUGAGGUGCACUGCUUAUAGUUACAUUUCUUUUGAUUCUAAUCAUUUCUUUGACAUAUAAAAUGGUCUAUAAACUGAGAGAGUGUAGUUCAUUCAAAAUUAAUACACAGCAGAUCUACUUAGCAUUAGCUUUAUUUUUCCUUCCAAAUCCAAUUUCUACAAGUUUUUGAUGUAUAUUUUAUUCAGCUCUAAAACUGAAAUUGCCAUAAACGAUACUUUCUGGUAUUUCUAAAGGCUUGCGAUAUUUUUCUUGAGAUAGACCACUGGCAGAAAAAUACACCUGCUAACAAAAAUUACACAUUGCAGUAAAUCUUUCUGUGCUCUUUAUAGGAGAAAAAUUAUACAAAUGUUUAACAGCCUCAUAAAACUAGCAUUCUUUGAGUAAGAGAAGUUAUCUGGAAGAAACUGGAAAUUUAAUCUCUUAAAUACAAUGUUGAUAAAUGCAUUUGAUGAUGAUUUUCUUUUUAAGUUAUGUUUACACUGUAGUAAUGUUUAAGUGGUUGUAUAUAGUAAUCUCAGGUGGUGUCCCCAUUUUAUGUUCUUUGUUUUCUUAGAAACCUGAGCAGACUGCUUGACUUGAGUUUUCAUUUUUGUUGCUUAGAACAGUGCCUAGUUAAUCUCUUUGUAAAUUGUGUUCUUAUUCUGCAGAAUAACUAAUUCCACUUAAGUCCUUUAAGUAUUCAGGGGAUUUUUACUGCUUUGUGAUAAUGUAAUUUUGUUAUUCUCAGACUACAAGAAACAAAAACAAAAACCUAACUUAAAAAAAUAGUAGCUUAAAUUUCAAAUAAAACUAUUAAAAUGCAUUUUGAUCAACAUGUGAAAACUAAGCAAACAGAACAAUGUCAAGAAUUUUGCUCUUCUUUCUGUGAUAAAAGAGAUUUAUGUGGUUCCUUUUAUUAAAUAUGGCAACUCGAUCUUGGGAUGUGUAGACAUGUCACUGGAUAACAGACAUAAAGCAUAGUUUGAAACUUUUCUUGCUGUUCUACAGGAUCUUUAAAAUUGUGUUGCAUUUUUUCCCCUUGUAUUGUGUAAUGGCAUAUGAAACAAAAGAUGGAUGUCUCAUCAUUCUUAACCCAAACUUCCUGUAAACCAGUGCUAAGUCAGAGUAAUAUGGGGUUUGAUGUAAUAAGAAGAAACAAAUUUCUGGGCUAAAUGACUUGGCAGACUUUCUCAUUUGGCUCACCGGUAGGUGUACUUGUUGCCUACUUUGUGUAUUUAUUUCUGGAGCUAAAGCUGUUUUGAUUAGUCUGACUUGCCUGGCCACCAUUAAACUGCUGUGCAGGCAGCGUGGUGGUUCCAUCCGCUUGUGUCAUCAUUACAGCCAGGUGACCACAGCAGGCUGAUGAAGUUAUUUGCUCUCUGGUUUGGGUGGUAGGCCAGUUCUGUAAACUCUAGUUUCUGUUCAUUGCUGCAGUAUUGCCAGGUUGUGAAUAUACUGAGCCUCUAAAAAGGUGAAGAAAGGACAGUUAGCAAAAAAUGGAACUCAGAAACAGAAAAUAAAAGAUACAACACUGCAAGUUACUUUAGUCCGGAAAAAUCUAUUAUUAUACUGACAUUGUGAAGGAAGUUGUACCUCCUUGCUCUGUUCAAAUCAGCCAAAUAUACUGACAUUAGUUGGUUUCAGCUUGUAUUCUCCCGUGUGGUGGGUUCCUGCACCCAUGCAACUUCCAUGUCAAAACUCCCAAUUUAGUUUCAGUCUGCCUAGGGAGAUCAGGACCAGGGUGUAAGGAAGGAGCAGAGCUCAUUCACUGCAGUGCACAGAGAUUGCCCACUGCUGUUUGCACUUCACCCCCUGCUCUGAGCAGGUCUGGUGGGGGUUGUUGUAAGUGGAGCUAGUUCUAGAUCAUGGGUUAGAAUUGCACAGUGGAACAGAAACCAGUAAUAAAACGCUGGACAGAGUUGGCUUGUAUUUCAGUGUAUUUCAGUGUAUACAAAUACUUUUGUAUUUUUUUAACUUCUUAAAUUUUUUUUGCAGUGGCAUCUGUUGUGCUGUGACUGUAGUCUGCUGCAGGGAUACUACAACAAUCGAGCUUCACUAGAAUUACUGAGCAGCUUUCCUUUGAAACUUGCCAGCCCUCAGCUCUCAUUAACGCUGAGCAUUAGGGUUGUGUUUGAUGCUGAGCAUUAGGGUUCCUCAUACUUCAUUGCUUCCAUCAAGGCCUCCUCUCCUCCUGAGCUGCUCCACCUUCACCUCCUGGCUCACAGACUGGCAAGUAAGAGGUGGGCAAUGAUAUAUCAUUUUUGAGAAUUAAUUGUGUUUCACUUCUAAGAGAAAGAAUGCCACUUGCUAAUAGUGCAGAAUCCAUUUCUACAGUAGUAAGGAAGAGGAUCCUCAUUUACUUGAGUGCCUGUAUUCUAGGAAUUUUCUGCUUUUAAUCCCAAUUUUGAUUUCUAUUGUAGCGCUUUCAGCAGUUUGUUUUUGAGCAGGAUAACAGGUGUCAUCCAAGGCAACUUGCCCGCUCACCACAGAGGAGUGUGGGUCAUCUGCACAUAGCACAGUCCCUUUUGUUAGCCUCCUCUAUGGAUUUCACUGUACCUUUUCCACCUCUAAAACUGAUUUUUCAAAGCUGUGACACCUUAGUCAUGACACUGAGCCCUCCAAUCCCUCAAUAUAAAAUGGGCUUUCUGCUCCUAACCGGCCGUACUAACUGGUACUUCUACUCUCAGCAUUAAGUAAUUAUUUUAAAAAGGCACAUCGUACAGGAAGGUUUGGCUGUAGUGCCUUGGUCUGCCUGUUUCUUUGGGAAGAGUGGACUGUGUUAAGAACAAGCUGUAGGGUUUGUGAAACUUGCAGCGUUAGGCGGGUCUCUUCUUCCAGAGAGGUGAGGAGGGCUCACAGUUCAUGAGAUCGGAUCCAACCCACAUAAACCAGGACCCUGGGUCUCCUGAUGGGUUUCCAAUGGGAGGUUUGCUGCUGACACCGGUGGAAGUGGAUUUGGGCCCCAAUGUAGAAAUGUCUGAAGGAAAGGAGGAUCACAGGACACCAGACAUAAGGAAUAACCAGCCUGUUUGGAAGUGGAGAGUGCACAGUGAACCUCUUCUGACUAUACUUUCCCAUAUACAUUUAUUGUCUGAACAACUGCUUUCAUAUUUCCCAGUCAUGUUGUGAUGGUAUCUCACUGGUCACUGACAUGUGUUACACAUAUUGCUAGAAGACCAGGCAGCUAAAAGACUAAAAUGCACUGUGCUAACUGUAAAAAUUGGCUUCUUACAUCGUUUCUUUUUAUAUGGUUAAAGAGAUGGUUGCGCUCCAGAUUUUUUCAUUUUUCUUGUCUUUUUUUAAAGAGAUCAAAUGUAUAUGAAGUGCAUGUUAUCCUGAACUUUUUGUUUGUACAUGUUGAUGUCUGAUCACCUGCAUGAAGGACACAGUAGUGCCAUGUCUGAGCUUGUUCUCUUGUGCUUGGUUGAUAUGAACUUCUCUAGAUUGUUGAGUUUUCCCCAAGAUAACUUUGGUUAAUAUUUAGUUAUUGGGAGACAUCAAAACAAAACAUCAUGGUGGCCCUUUGUUUUCUUACAGUUUAAAUACAAACAACAAAGCCUUGUGGUUUAAUUUGUUAGUGUAAAUAAAUUUCUUGCCAAUGAGUAUUAUUGUUGUUAGACAACGAAUGCAAUAAAAUGAGAAAUCCUGAAUCUUUAUUAGAA